GUUCCGUUGAUUUCAUGUAGACGCUGAAGUGGCUGUUACAACGCCAGUCUAACAUGGAUUAAAUCAUGCUGAUGGACGAACAGAGCAGUUCUGGAGGAGAGGAGGGCUCUAGAAAGAAAGGUGUGCUCUAUCGAUGGCAGGGGUAUUCCUGCAGUGUUACCCCAGAGAGAUUGGUCCUGUCUAGACCAGUGAUUCAUGCUGCAUUGGGGACGUCACAUGGACUUCUGCUGACGGAAGAUGGGGAUGUUUAUAGUUUUGGUGAGCAGCCAUGGAAAGGAGCCAAUUCUCAGCCUGUCAACCCUGUUUUAGAGAGCUCCCUGAGCGGUCAGCGUGUGAUAGCUGUGUCGGCAGGCAGCUAUCAUUGUUCUGCUGUAACUGAAGAUGGCCUCGUUCACAUGUGGGGGGAGAAUUCCCAUGGCCAGUGUGGCAUCUCUGGAAUGGACCAGGUACCUAAUCCCACUCCUGUUAGUGUGGUGGAUGGUGAGAACCAUCCUCCACAACUGGUCAGAAUCCUGAAUGUGGCUUGCGGAGCGCAACACACUCUGGCCUUGUCAGGGAAGCACGAGGUCUGGGCCUGGGGAAGUGGCUGCCAGCUGGGACUUGUCACCAAUGUGUUCCCGGUAUGGAAACCUCAGAAGGUGGAACACCUAGUGGGAAGAUACGUGGUUCAGAUAGCAUGUGGUGGAUUUCAUAGUCUGGCUUUGGUUCAGUUUCUUCCUCCCCCUGAGUCCUCUCAGCAGUCUCUGGAUAAAUGUGGACAGUGCAAACAGAGCCUCUACACUAUGACUGACAAGGAUGACCAUGUUAUUAUUUCUGAUGACCAUUACUGCCCACUUGGGGUGGAACUGGCUAAUUCUAAACAAGAUCUAAGAUCAGGACAAAGCUCUCCAGCUCAGACACCACAAAACAAAAACAUUGUGUCCGACUUCCAAGUAUCCCCAUUGACCUUUGAGAACAUCUGUGUAGCACUGGAAUCCUCAGACAGUUCUCUGCAAAAUGAUACAAAGCUAGAACAUCAACCAGGCCCUGCAGAGCAAGUACCUCUACGACGAACAAAAAGCAAUCCAUACCCUGAUGAGCAGGCUCUAAAAGACUACCUCAAAAGAAUUUCAGACCAGACCCUCGCUGAGCAGACCGAGGCCGCCUUAGUGGGAUGUUCCCAUCCUCCGAGCCGUCAGACAUCACUUACAUGCCCUUUCAGAUCUGACCAAAGUGAAGAGCUUACACUACUUCCUUCUUCACUAGCACUGAGUAGAACUGAUGGUAAUACACCUGCUGUCAGACAACAAAGUGCAUCAAAUUCGAUUACAGACCAACAGUGUUCUCUCAGUUUAUUACCAAUAGUGGAUUCUACUUCUGAUGACACUUCACAGCACUCUAGUGUUGAUGGAGGUAUUUGUCUCAGUGACCUCGUAAUGAGCAGUGGUUGUUCAUUUGAGUCCUGUGAGGAGGGCAGAGUAACUGCCAAUUCUCUCCAAAGCAAGAAGAGCACGAGUUUGACUGACAUCAAGUUAGAGGACAGUGAUGCACAUGAUAGCAGAGAGUCUUUAACUGGCCUUUUCUCUCCAGUUUCACCAUCUGACAGUCAUGGAACUGACCACAUAAGAGCUGUAGUAGGUUCCGUGACAACAACCUCCACCUCUGAAUCGAAAAAUCUCCUCCCCUCCCUCUGCACUGAGGUGUGGAGUUGGGGGAGGGGCCAGGAAGGUCAACUAGGUCAUGGAGACUAUUUGCCCAGGUUACAGCCUCUUUGCAUCAAGAGCUUAAGAAAAAAGGAAGUUGUCAAGAUCACUGCUGGAGCAAAUCACUCCUUGGCACUGACAGCUCAAUGUCAGGUGUAUUCCUGGGGAAGUGACAAAUUUGGACAGUUGGGUCAUAUGAACGCUCCCAGCACAGUUCCUAAUCUUGCUAAGAUUUCCGACGGUAUCCAUGUGUGGGACGUGGCAGCAGGGCAAACUCACACUUUGCUGCUAGCUGAUGGAGACUGUUAUCAGCCCAUACUUUACUACAGCGGAGAACAAGUGCUGGAGAACACCAACAGCUCUCAUCCCCUCUCUGGGACAUACACUCAGACGCCCACCCUACUGCCCUUCUGCAUGAAUAUUGGGUAUGUAAGCAGUGUGUUUGGAGGAGGGCUGAAUUGUUUGGCUUUGGCUGAUCAAAACGCUAUGGGUUUCAUAGCCACAAUCCAUGAGCUAGCUUCAGCCGAGAGAAAAUUUUACUGCACUCUCAGCAAAGUGAAGAGCCAAAUACUGGGCCCCCUACUGUCCCGUGAGAGUUUGGCCGUGUCUCUGGGUCAGUCAUCCACGUUGCUGUUUCAGGAGAUGGCUGGUAGUUUCAGCAAGCUUUGCCAUCUGACAGGACAGCACUCAAGAUCCCUCAUUGAAUUCCUGCAGCAAGGCAAAGUGAUAAAAACACUGGCCUUGAUCAAGAACACAGCCAUUUUCAUAGACACCUAUAAAGAGUACAGCGAUCCAGUAGCAAACUUCCUUGUCAUGGGAGGGUUCCAGGCAUUGCUGAAGCCCUUACAAGGAUGCUUUGGGAAAAAAUUGGAGUUGUUACAGGCAUUGAUGGAGUCAAAGGAGAAAAAUCUGUCACCCUGUGACCUCUUAGUGAACUUGUUCUACAUGCCUUUGCAGCAUCUGCAUGGGUAUAACAGAUUACUUCUGAAACUGGCUAAUUGCUUUGAAGUGAACACUGCGGAAUACCAGUGUAUUCAAGAGGGCUGCUCUAAAUAUGAAGAUGUAGCUCGUAUUCUCAGCAAACAGAGAAAAGAUGCUGAGACCACUUUCAUUUUCUGGAAAAACUUUAAAGGAAAGAAUUCGGAAUCCCUGCGAAAGCCGUCUCGUCGUCUGGUUUGUGAGAGCGGUAAUAAAGCUCUGACAUUACAGUACGCUGGAAGAUUCUCUGUCAGCUGGUUUAUCCUCUUCAAUGACGUGUUGGUUCAUGCACAGGGCACUAUUCCAUCAAAGAAGCUUUUCUCAUCUCACUAUAUCUACCCUCUCGCAACUUUAUGGGUGGAGCCCAUCUCAGAUGAAAGUGUGGGCCUACUUGGCCUUAAGCUGACCACCCCUGAAGAUAGCUUUGUUGUUCUGGCGUCCUCACCUUUAGAAAAGGGGAAGUGGCUGAGAGCCAUUAACCAGGCCAUUGAUGACUUGCUUGCUGUGGGUCUGAACGGAAGGACUCAUGUGUCCAGAGGCAGUCAGAAAGGUGAACCUCCUGUGUCCCGUACUGCCACCUACACUUUCAACAAAGAGGGCAGACUCAAAGAUGCCUCAUAUGUGGGCCGCUGGCUGUUAGGCAAACCUCAUGGCAAAGGGACUCUGAGGUGGCCAGAUGAGACAGUUUACUGUGGCACAUUCAAGAACGGGCUAGAGGAUGGAUUUGGAGAUUAUAUGGUGCCCAGCAAAACCGUAAACAAGUUUGAGCGUUACCAGGGGCACUGGAAAGAAGGGAAAAUGCAUGGCUUUGGCACAUAUUGGUAUGCAUCAGGUGAGGUGUACGAGGGCUCAUUUAGGGACAACAUGCGUCAUGGACAUGGCAUGUUACGCAGUGGGAAGAUGGCAUCUCCUUCCUCCAGUAGUGUGUUUGUGGGUCAGUGGUUCCAAGGGAGGAGAACAGGCUAUGGGGUGUGUGAUGACUUUAACAGAGGCGAGAAAUACAUGGGAAUGUGGCUUGAUGACCAGCGUCAUGGAGAUGGGGUUGUUAUCACUCAGUUUGGAUUGUAUUAUGAAGGAAACUUCUCUAAUAGCAAAAUGAUGGGCAACGGGACUCUUUUUUGUGAUGAUGACACAGUUUUUGAGGGCGAGUUUUCAGAAGACUGGACUCUCUGUGGAAAGGGUGUUCUGUCCAUGCCUAACGGUGACUCUUUGGAUGGGAUCUUUGAUGGUCACUGGGGUGCCGGACUGAGAGUGGCCGGAAUUUUUACAAAACCCUUUGAAACAUUGAGGAGAGAAAUCAAGAUGCCUGUGGCUGGUCACAAUGCAGUUCCUGCAGAGGAAAAGUGGAAAGCCGUGUUUGAGGAAUGCUGGGGUCGACUGGGCUGUGAAACUCCAUGUCAGGGAAUGUACAACAAAGCCUGGGAGAACAUUGCCAUCUCCCUCACUGCCAGACGCAGACUGCAGAGAGAUCAUCCAGAGGAGCUGAGCCGAUCUCAGAAUAUGAUGCUGGAGAGUCUUGAGGUGAUACCUCAACAUUUAUGUCCUAUUACUGCAGACUCUUUCAACAGCAUACGACGAUAUCUUAUAAAGGCUUGUGAUACCCCUCUGCACCCGCUGGGCUGGCUGCUGGAGACACUGGUCACUGUGUACAGGAUGACCUAUGUUGGUGUGGGCUCUAAUAGACGGGUGUUACAGCAAGCAGUGGAGGAGAUCCGGUCUUACCUAACACGCAUAUUCCAGAUAGUCAGGUUUCUGUUUCCUGGUCUCCCUGAGGAAGGAGGUUUCAUCGUGGAUUCAUCCAGUUCCUCAGAUGAGGGCACAGACUCUCUUAACAACAGUACACACUCAGAAACUCCCCAGCAGGGUUGGAUAGUGAGCAGCUCAAGUCUUCUACUGCCAGUCUUGUUGCCAAGGCUUUACCCCCCUCUCUUCACUCUCUACACACUGGAGAAAGAGAGAGAGGAGGAGGUGUACUGGAACUGUGUGUUACGACUCAACAAACAGCCUGAUCUUGCCAUCCUAGCCUUCCUUGGAGUACAACAAAAGUUUUGGCCAAUUUCUAUUUCUGUAUUGGGAGAGAAAAAGCAGGUCUUGCCUAACACUAAAGAUGCCUGCUUUGCCACUGCUGUUGAAACCUUGCAACAGAUCAGCACAGCAUUCGUUCCUUCAGACAAGUUGCAAGUGAUACAGCUGACCUUCGAGGAAGUCACUCAGGAAGUGCAGGCUCUGCUUGGGCAGGAGUUUCUGUGGUGCAUGGAUGACCUCUUUCCAAUCUUCCUCUACGUGGUGCUCCGUGCACGAAUCAGAAACCUGGGUUCUGAAGUCAGUCUCAUUGAGGACCUGACAGACUGCAGUCUACAGCUGGGACAGCUUGGAUUCAUGUUGACUACUCUCAAAGCCUGCUACAACCAAAUUCAGCUUGAGAAGACUACAUAGUGUGUUGUUUAUAAGAAGUGCAUUCACAGCUUUGCCAGGGAAUGCCACAGGUUUAUGGAGUAGGUGACAUUUAAAUAGAUGAGGAUUACAGGUCAAACCAAGAUCCACUCAUUUAAUUCUGUUCUCAAAAGGGUGCUCAGUCUCUUCACAUUCCACUCAAAGCUCAUGUGCUAUGCCGAUAAAAACAAUGACUCGUUUCAAAUUUGUUUUAUAUAUUUUCUAACAAAAUGUAUAACAGUAAAGUUAAAGAGAAAAUUGUAUUUAAACUGACUAUAUUCAUUGAAAAGGCUGAAACAAACUUUUUUUUAUAUAGGAAGUCUUUCUACAACCAGAAAUAUUCAAGAAGUCAGCAUGUUACAGUUCAGUAGGGGUGCAUCAGUACUGAUGCUGAUACCAAUAUACUGUUAUCUAGAGUUGCACUAAUAAGGAUAUUUGAGGCUGAUACCGAUAGCAGGAUUUAUAACAAUGCGAUAGGCCAAUACAGAUCCUAUUGCUGAUCCAGUGUCCCAAUACAUUGUUAUAAAAAUGUAAAAACAAUGUAUUUUUGUAUUAUGAUUAGCAUUUAGAAAACUACUUUAAACUAUAGCCCCAAGCUACUCUUUAUUGAACUAUAUUGGUGGCCAAAAAUAUUGGCACUCUUGGUAAAUAUGAGCAAAGAAGACUCUGAAACAAAAUCUGCAUUGUUUAUCAUUUUGAUCAUUCAUUCAAAAAAUUCACAACAAAUCUAACAUUUAAUUGAAGUAAACAAUUGAAAUAGGGGAAAUUUUUCAUUAUUAAAUAUUGUUCUCCAAAACAUGUUGACCAUAAUUAUUGGCACCCCUAGAAAUUCUAAUGAAUAAAGUAUAUUCCCAGUAAAGUAGUACCCAAUGCCCACGGUUAAAUGUGGUGCUGGAUCUUUAAUGUUAUGGGGCUGUUUUUCUGCCAGAGGAACUGGACAUCUUGUUUGGAUACAUGGCAUCAUGGACUUUAUCAAGUACCAACAUAUAAAAAAUCUAAACCUGGCUGCCUCUGCCAGAAAGCUUAAAAUGGGCCCUAGUUGGAUCUUCCAGCAGGACAAUGAUCCAAAACAAACAUCAAAAUCAACACACAAAUGGUUCAAUGACCACAAAAUCAAAGUUCUGCCAUGACCAUCCCAGUCCCCUGACCUGAACCCCACAGAAGAUUUUUGGGGUGAACUGAAGAGGAGAGUCCAGCAACAUGGACCUCUGAAUUUGAAGGAUCUGUAGAGAUUCUGUAUGAAGGAAGGGUCUCAGAUCCCUUGCCAAGUGUUCUUCAACCUCAUUAGGCAUUAUAAGAGAAGACUCAGAGCUGUUAUCUUGGCAAAGGGAGGUUGCAAAAAGUUUUGAAUAAAAGGGAGCUAAUAAUUAUGGCCAAUGCGUUUUGGAGAAAAAUAUUUAUUUAAACAUGAUAUAUUUACACUUAAAGGUUAGAUUUUUAGAUUUUUUUUUUAAUGAAAGAACAAAAGGAUAAACAAUGCAGAUUUUAAUCAGAGCUGUAUUCAUCUGGUAAAGAAACAAGUGAGGGUCUUUAAAUGAAUUAACUUCUAAAUUAGGGGGACAGGAUUAUAGACCCUCACUUGUUUCUUUAACAGAUCAAUACACCCCUGAUAUCAUAUGAUAGAUUUAAAAUGGUCAAUAUGAACCGUUUGAACAAAUUAAUUCACUAAAAUGACAAACUUUCCAAUGCUACUUGUGAGAGCGAGGAUAGUCGAGGAGAUUAUUUCCUCCACUGACUCUGUUAUAAAGCUGUGUGUGCAACACAGUGCGACAAGUUUGACUGGAAAACAUACACUGUUUUGAAAACAGAGUUACUGUAAAGAGCUAAGCUUCUGAAAAAAAGUUUCAAAAGUUGCUUUCGUACUUCGUUAAAGGGUCCUGUAUUUGAUGUUUAAAACAUGAUGCGACAUGGCAUUAAAUGGUCAUGAACAAACAAACUAACUAAAAACUGUCCUCGGAUCAUUAUUUAACUGUACCAUAAAAGUACCCCGAUAUUUCUUUUUGGAACUAUCAGUUAUUGGCACAAAUCUAUGUUGACAAUUGUUGAUAGUUUAUAAAAAAAAAAAAGAUUCCUCUUUAUUUUUUUUUAUAUUCCUCAUCAAUAAACCAGAUGAGGUAAUUUAUCACCUCUAAUGUACUAUACCUGAAAAUUGCAGCUGUGCUUAAAAUACUGGUAUUGGUAUUGUAUACCAAAACUGAACUACUGGUAGUCAAUGUUGUAAUCAAAAAAUGUUAUUGAGGCAUCCUUUGUUAUAACCAUCUUCUGGUUGUGUUACUGGUGUUGUGCUUGUUGCGAUUUUGCACAUUAUAAAGGGCUGUACUGCCUAGGAUUGAAUAUAUACUUUUUAAAUACAUUUGGAAGUCUUGUGAUACAGGUAUUAUAAUCUGUAACUAGAGGUUUGUUACAUAACAGUGUCACUUAAUCUCCAACAUUUGAACAUGAUUUGAAAUGUUUUCUGUACCCUCUGCUGUGUAUUCUGAUAUGGGCAGUUGUGAAGAAAUAAUGUAGUUUAUUUGAAGUUAUUUCAUGACUUCUGGUUAUGGUGCAGUGCUGAGUAGUAGUAGUAUGGUUUCACUUUCAGAAAGGUGGCUUUAUAAUGUGUGUAACUCUGAAACAUCCAGGAUAUUCUCAGAAGAAUAGUUUGCAUUUCAACAUGAAAACACUGACAGCCCAAUGAAACACUAUUAAGUUUUGCUCGGUUUUAAUUUGAAGAAAUUAUAACAUUGUACUCCUACUGAAGUUUAUCGAAGAUUUAAGAGACAUAUUUUUAUACAGCUAUUACACUGGAUGGUAAAGUAAUAUUUUAUAUUCAUUUCUGCUUAUUUAAUUUUUAAUCGACAUUGACUGAAAAAGUGGCAUUCAAUACUAUGCAAUAAGGGAAUAAAUGACUAAACCAAAUGUAAACUUUAAAUGACGGUUCAGAAUGGAAUUUUUGUCCACUGGUUAAUCUUUAGCAAUAAUAUUAACAUUUUGAUAAUUUCAUGAAUGCCCUUUAAAUUUAUUCAAGUUAAGUCUGACACAGGUCAGAGACUCGUGUAAAACUAUUGUAUUGAUGCGUAUGUGAGUGUUCCUCUAAACGUUUGAUUUUUAAUAUUUUAACUUGCACUGAAAGAGUUUUGCUGAUAUGUUAUAAAGUCUUAAUGUUAUGUCAAGUGGUCAACUGAUAGUUUUUUUUUUUUUAAUGGCUAAUUCUGAUCUAGUCAAAUGGACUAUUUACACAAGUUUAAAUCAAAAUGUAUGAAAAACAUUGAAAACUGGAAAUGUUUAUUAUCCAUUGAUAAGACAAAAUUAAAAAUUAUCGGCCGAUGGUGAAAAUCUCAAAUUUCCCCUAAUUGGCAAAAUAAUUGGUCUGCCCGUCAUAUUGGUUUAUCAAUUGAUAGGUUAUUUGCCAGGCAGGUUAAAAAGCAUUACCUACAAAAAUCAUAUAGAGAAAUAAGACCCCAAUUCCGAAAUAGUUGGGACAGUAUGAGAAAAUGCUAAUAACAAAAAUGAGUGAUUUGUAAAUUAUAUUCACCCUAUGCUGUAUUGAAAGCACUACAACUACACAUUAUAUGAUGUUUUAACCUGUGAAUUUCAUUGUUUGUUUUUUAAUGUAAUUUCAAAUCAGAUGAUUUCAACACACUCCAAAAAAUCUGGGACAGUCGAGUGUUGUCCACUGUGAAACAUCACCAUUUGUUCUAAUAACACUUAUUAAGCAUUUGGGCACUGAAGACUGUGGAAUUUUUCCCCCCAUCAUCCAGUAUGUAGGUCUUUAGCUGCACAAUUGUACAGGGUUUUGUUUCUGUAUUGCGUGCUCCAUAAUGCAUCAUACAUUCUCAAUUGGAGACCGGUCAGGACUGCAGGCAGGCCAAUCCAGCACCCACACUCUCUACUUACACAGCCAUGCACUUUUAAUCUGGGCAGUAUGUGGUUUGAAGUUGUCCUGCUGUCCUGUGUUCUCAAAGAUGUGCGAUUUACCCAUGCCAUGGGCACGGACCACCCCUGGCCCAUACAGACACUUGGCUUUUGGACCGGACACUAUCAACAGCUUGAAUGGUCCUUUUCCUCUUUGGCCCGGAUAACAUGACAGCUACUCUUCGGACCAAAAAACAGUUCCACUGUUCUAAUUUCCAUCUAAGAUGAGACCAAGCCCGGAGAAGUUGGCAGUGCUUCUGGACAGUGUUGAUGUAGGGCUUCUGCUUUGCAUAAUAAAUUCUUAAUGUGCAUCUGUGGAUGCAGCGGUGAGUGUUGUUGACUAACAAAGGUUUACUAAAGUUAUUCCAUGCCCAUGUUCAUGAUAUCCAUUACAGAUGAAUGAUGUAUUUUAAGACUGUGACGUCUGAGGGAUCAGAGAUCAUGUGCAUUCAGAAAUGGUUUUCGUCUUGCCCUUUUUUGUACCGAGAUUUGACCAGAUUCCUUGAAUCUUUUAACUAUAUUGUGCACUGUGGAGGGUGAAAUGCCCAAAAUCCUUCCAAUUUGUGUUUGGGGAACAUUGUCCUCAAGUGCUGGAUUAUUUGCUGAAGCAUCUGUUGGCAAGUCGUGAACGAUUCUUGUUCUUGAAGAACUAGGCUGUUUUUGGAGGUUCCUUAUACAGUAUACAGUACUAUGACACCGUUGCCUCACCUGUUUAACAUCACCUGUUUCACAUCACCUGUUUCACAUCACCUGUUUCACAUCACCUGUUUAACAUCACCUGUUUCACAUCGCCUUGUUAUUUCAACUCGUCAAAUUGUUAUUAGUCUUAAAUUGCCCCUGUCUCAGCUUUUUUGGAGUGUGUUGCAAUCAACUGAUUUCAAUUAUACAGUUAAUAAAUAGUUUUGUUAAAAAUAAUUUGUUUUGUUUUCCUUUUACACUUUUCUAAGCUCUGAUGGUUUUUAUAUUCACUGUACUGUCAUUGUUGACAAUUAUUACUUUCACCUUGCAAUUGAAAAUGAAUUUGUAAAAGACUUGUCAAUAAAGUUCUAUGUAUGAGAAAUUAAUGAUUGAAAAAUGAUUCUGAAAGACUACUUCACCUGCCUCAAUAAAUUUUGUUUAAC